GCAAAAAUGGUCAAAAAAGCGGCGGCAACUAGCAAGCAGGCUACCUAUCACAGUGAUGAGAUCGAGAUGAAAGAGGAAGUUGUGCUCAAUACCUACGACGAAUGCACCGAUUAUGUCGAAUACGACGAUACAAAACAAUUCGAUAUCAACGAGUAUUGCGAUCAAAUCCAAGUGGCAAUGGUCAAUGAAUCCGACGAUGGAAUGACAUUGGAAUUUGAUAUUACUCGCAUUGAAGCUCCAAUUGCAAAUGCUCUUCGCCGUGUGCUCAUCGCCGAAGUGCCAACGAUGGCUCUCGAGAAGAUUUAUCUCUAUCAGAAUACUUCUGUAAUUCAAGAUGAAGUACUCUGCCAUCGUUUGGGUCUUCUGCCGCUUCGUGUGGAUCCACGUGGAUUUCAGUUUCCAAAGGAAAAAGUCGUUGGAAUCAAUGAGAAGGGAGUGGAUUGUGACGAGGAGCCCGAGGGAGAUCCCGCGAAAAAUUUGAUCUUCAAGAUUAAUGUUUCGUGUACGAAGAAUCGAAAUGCGGUGCCGACGGCUACCGAUCCGAAGCAGCUUUAUCACAAUAGCUCGGUCUACUCACGUGCUUUUGAAUGGGUACCGAUUGCUGAUCAGAAGACGCAAUUCACCGAAGAAGCCCAUCCACGUAUGGUUUCUGAUGAUAUUCUCGUUGCCAAGCUUCGUCCUGGACAGGAAAUUGAAGCCAGUUGCCAUGCGGUCAAGGGAAUCGGACGGGAUCAUGCAAAGUUCUCACCGGUUGCUACUGCGUCCUAUAGACUGCUUCCAACGAUCCGCUUGAACGCCGAAAUUUCGGGUGAAGCUGCCGAACGUCUCAAAUCAGUAUUCAGCGAGGGAGUUAUUGCUAUCGAGAAGAAAGGAGCCAAACGAAUUGCUGUUGUCAAGGAUGCUCGCAAGGAUACGUGCAGUCGUAACGUGUUCCGCCACGAAGAUCUGUCGAAAGUUGUUCAAUUGGGAAAGAACAAACAGCAUUUCAUUUUCAGUGUAGAGUCGACUGGAGCUCUGAAAUCGUCUGAAUUGGUGGUUGAAGCCUGUAAAGUCAUGGAAAUCAAGUGUCGUUCUCUUCGCAAACAAAUCGAGGCUCUUAUUCAAUAAUCCCCGUUUUUUUGAAAUUUUGUUACUAUUUUUUUAUUCGUUAUCCUUUUUUUUUGUUGUUGUUUGACUACCCCUCAAGUUGUUACACUGUUCCGUCACUUUCUUUUUUCUUAAUUUGAAUGAAUUUUCGUGGCUUU